CCCUAUAAGCUAAGAGCUAACGUACCCCAGCCCCCACCCCCACCCCCACUAUUAUUAUCACAAAGAAACAAAGCACUGAAUUUUGCUUAGAGAGAGAGAAAAUAUAAGAAACACACACACACACACACUGUUUCUUCUUCUUCUUUUUUUGUUUUUAUAUAGAGAGUGAAAAGAAAAUUCAUGGAAGUUGGGUCCAAGAAGGAGAAGAAGAUGGGUUUUGAAGAGACAGAGUUGAGGCUAGGGUUGCCAGGAAAUACUGGAGGAAGUGAAGGUGAGGUGGCAAGGAAGAGAGGUUUUUCUCAGACUGAUACCACUACUACUGUGGAUUUGAAGCUUAAUCUUUCUUCAAAGGAAGCUACUGCUGCUGGGAUGAAUUUGAAUGAGAAAGCAAACACCCUUCAGAAAGAGAAGAACCUUCUUGCCACUGAUCCAGCCAAGCCUCCAGCUAAGGCACAAGUUGUGGGUUGGCCACCGGUUCGAUCUUUCCGAAAGAAUAUACUGGCUGUCCAAAAGGGCAGCUCCGAGGAGAGUGAGAAGGCUAGUGGCAAUGCAGCCUUUGUGAAGGUUAGCGUGGAUGGAGCACCUUAUCUUCGUAAAGUAGACUUAAAGAUGUACCAGAGUUACCAAGAGCUCUCUGAUGCCUUAGGAAAAAUGUUCAGUUCCUUCACUAUUGGAACUUGUGGAUCCCAAGGAAUGAAAGAUUUCAUGAAUGAGAGCAAGCUUAUGGAUCUUUUGAAUAGUUCUGAUUAUGUUCCAACUUAUGAAGACAAGGACGGUGACUGGAUGCUUGUUGGCGAUGUUCCAUGGGAGAUGUUUGUUGAUUCAUGCAAGCGUGUACGCAUAAUGAAAGGAACAGAGGCAAUUGGACUCGCGCCAAGAGCCAUGGAGAAAUGCAAGAACAGAAGCUAAACUAUAGUAAACUCCACAGCCUGCUCCUUUGAUCUGGUAGCAGUCAUUGCAAAAACAAAGCAAGGAUACCCAAAAGCGCGUAGAUGGAUUGAGCAGGAUUUGUGGGUGUUUGUUUUCUGCAUCAUUAUAUAUGGUCUGAUUAUAUAUUAGUGUGGAAGAUAUUUGAGUAAGUAUUUGUGAACUCAAACAAUGAUAUAACUCUCUUAUUAGUAUGUGCCAAGGCUUGGCUUGACUUUGUCCUGCUUGUUUAUUUAGUAUUAAUGGCUUGCUCUUAUAAUAAUAAAAAAAUUAAAGAAUAAGAAGCAGCAUAAUAAUGUGUCUGUUGCCUGUAA